AUGGCAGGAAUUUCUCGGAUACUCACCUGCGUUGCGAUCUGUGCAAUCAACCUUGCCCAGUUCACAGUCGCAGCACCAAAUGGACAACAACAGCCUCACCUGCUCGGCCGGGACCAGGUACAAGGCUCCCCUGUGACUGAGACCACGACAAUCCUGCGAAAGUCAAGCAAUGCCGCACCGACCGUCCCUCCAACUCCAACAACACCACUUGCGCCCGAUGUCCCUUUUUCACGCGUCACGCUGAACUAUACAAAAACGUUCGAAACAACAGACACUGAGACGACAUGGCUCACACUGACGAGUGCCGUGCGCGCCAACGUCACGUCCACCGCAACUGUCACGUCAACCGUCACAGAGACACAAACAGACAAAGUCACGCCGACGGAUGCCGCCACGUCGACAACUGCGGCUGUGCCUAUAACAGAGCGGUUCAGUGAGACGUACACGUUCUUUCGGACCAGCGUCAUCUUUGAGACCAUCUCUGCGGCCACGAAUGCCACAGCGGCGCCUUCAGCGCAUGCUCCAACCCCGAAGUGGUCCAAUUCGUCGACAUCCCUGACUGCCACGGGAGCUGGAACCGGGUUCCGCGCAACGUCGACCGUGGUCCUUACAAGGACUGUCAACACUACGUCUACCGUUGUUCGGACCGACACGACGACGCAAACCGCCACGGGGCCAGCGACAACGACGGAGACGGUAUUCACAACAGUGCGAACAACUGCCACCGUCAACUUGACACGCAUUGCCUUGUCUACAAGUACCAUCGAGUUUACACAGACAGUCAAUGUGACGGAAACAAUAUCCGGCAGCUUGCCCGCCGGUGCAGGCAGCGGCUGUUCGCCUACCGUUGCAGACUCGCCUCUGACAUCCUCCAUCCAGCGCAGUCACAGCCCGACCUUCCAUCCUCUACCCCCAGCAUUGACGGGAUCUGGCUCGAAGCCAUCGGUACAACCAGUGCCAACCAAACCCACCAAGCCGGCGGAUCCCAUUGGCGCGCCGGCAGAUGGUGACAGCACAGACGAUGAUUAG